AUGUUUCCUAAAGCUGUGGUAUUUGAUCUAGACUACACAUUAUGGCCAUGUUGGUGUGAUACGCACAUUAGGCUCCCGGUAAGGCUGGAUAGCGGUAAUUGCGUGAUCGAUGCGGUUGGUUAUUAUUUGCAGUUAUAUGAUGGGGUAGAGAGUUCAAUAAAGAAACUCAAGCAGCAAGGCGUCAAAAUCAUUGCAGCGAGUCGUACUGCCAGACCAGAUAUUGCAAUGAAGUUAUUGAACUUAUAUGAAAUAGACGGGAAACCUAUGAUAGGAUUCUUUGAUUCUUUACAAUGGGGCCAAGGCUCGAAGAUUCACCACGUGAAGAGAGCAGUUCAGGAGCUUGGCCUUCAAGCGGCACUUAAAGAUGGUGAUAUUCUUCUUUUUGAUGACGAACUACGUAAUCAAGAUGUGCUAAGAAUCAACUGUCGAUUCUGUUACGUUGGAGAUAGUGAUACGGGACUAACAGGAUCUUUCUUCGAUAGACAGAUUGAGGACUGGAGAAAGGAAAGACAGGAAAUGAGACAGAGCUUGAAGGUUAAAAGCCACCUUCUCCUUUACGUUAAGCUUCGGGAAAAAGCAUCAGUUGAUGAAUUGAAUCUGAUGAUCGAAGAUGUCAGAAUAACCGAGAGAAACAGUUAUCAGAGCGACGUUCCUUAUCAAAUUGAACCAAUGGCCACAGGGAGACGGAUUGUGCCAAACAUGAGAACCUCAAAAACUUUACUGCAAAGCCACGAACCCAUGAGACAAAGAGUAUCUGCUUGCGAUGGAUGCAACCAGGCUGGCCAGUUCCAGGAAAUUCAAGGAAGAGGCUACAAAUGCACGGUUUGUAAUGAUUAUGAUUUGUGUACAAGUUGUUUUGAAGAAAAAUGUGAGACGGGGGAUCACCAAAAGUACCAUUUGAUGGAUGUAUUUCACCAGGACUACCAACAGGUUUCUAUUGGUGAUAAAAGAGGACUACAGGUUGAUUGUAUUGGUGAGCAGCAUAUAGAGGUGUGGGAUGGGUUCUUAGGCUUGAAGGAAGAUGAAGACCUGCCCAGGCUCCUUAUGACAAACUUGGGUUGCAGGAUGACACAACUAACAAAGACGGGCUUGAUUCUUGAACUUGCUAAUUGUGCAGUGGCACCACUAUCUUUCACAAUGCUAUCGAUGAGUCUCAUGGAUCCGAAUGGUACCGUUAUGGAAACUACUUUAACCCAUACACCUUUUUACCUUCUCCCAUCCAAAAGUGCGGCAUUUAGACUUGAAUUGUCCUCGCUCAAUCCACCUGAAACCUUCUAUAUUCGCUUAGCUGCUUCUUCCUUCCAUGGUAAACUGGGUCCCUACAAGCUUAGUCAGCGUUGGUCUCCAGUAGGACUGGGUAUCGAACCUGAUGAAGCAAAUCUCGUUCUUUCAGACGAGGACUUGCUGAAUGAGUCGCUGAGCAGCUACGACAUCAUUAGUCUCAGUGAAGUAAGUGACUAG